GGCAAUUGAAUUUCUGAUUAUCCAAGAUGGAGGAAGAUGAUUGAUCCUCGUCGUCGUCCAUCUUUUUUAGGACAAGGGAAAAGGUGGGUACUUUACAAACUUGUAGAAAAGUCUACGAUGACUCCAGGCAUUUGUCUGAAAAAAACCUGUGGAAUUCAAGAGCUACCUUUAGAUGACGAGUCUGAGACUGCAAAGAACUCCUUGUUGCUUUUGUUCAUAUCUAAAACGUUUACUGAAGUUGCUUUUUAGUGUUGAGAGAGAGGCUAUAUAACAACAGUUCGUUAUUGCGUGUCUUUCAAGGAGUUUGGAAGAACUUGAUAUUUCAAAGGUUAGUACACUGUAGUUUGUGAAGAGAGUCAUUUCUGUGACGAGAACUGUCUGCCUGCUUUCACAGUUUAUCUGACAGUUUCCAUGAUUGUGUCAAUUUGCGUCUGAGAAUAUAUUAUUAUGUGUCUUUGUUUUUGUUGCUCAAUCCAUGUCUCACCUAUGUUAGGUUUUUUAUUCUCCUCGAUAUUCUCUCGCCGUUUACCUAGUAUCUUAACCUUGCUUUAGCCCAUAAAUAGAACAAGUAAAAUAUUUGUCUACUACGACAGUAAAUAUACAGAAGGCAAAGUUGCCACCGAAUGAAUAUGGUGUGAAAGCAGUACGUCUAGGGAAGUAAGUUUUUUCUCAGUGCAUGCUCCUGACUGGUGAGGAAUCAACAGUUCCGUUGCUUGUAUUCAUUUUCAUUUAUCUUGAAAGACAAGAAGCACUCAAUUCUACCAUAUUUAUACUGACUCGGAGAAAAUGAGAGAGUCGAACUAUUUCAUUGAGCUUAUAUUUAUAGUAGAACUACACAUAUGAAGCACAAAAGUCACGUGUUGAAUGUGAACUGAAAAGUGGGUUGGCAGUGUCUAGUUGUUAAUUAGCCUUACAUCUUUAUAAAACUGGUUAGCAUGAA